GGUCACUCUGGGUGCGUCUGAUCGGCGGGUUCCAUGUGCCUGUGACUCUAUAGGCCGGCGCAUGACUGCAUCAAACGACUAUUUCUGGUGUAUAUAAUCAGUGGUUCAUGAAGUUGGAGGUUUUGUCUCUGUGUGUCGUUGUGAUAUUACUAAGAAAGGUUGCCGACUAGAGGCUGCAGGCCUCGUUCUAACGUGUAAACAAAAAGUGUAUUUUUGGGUUGUUUUAGGCAGCCCUAUGAAGUAUCAAUGAAGAACCAAUCAGCCAAUCGCCCUUAUGCCACCACCGAACCAUCGGUCGAGCACUGCCUCUUCGACGGCACCGUCGAUAAAGACCGCCAUAGCUGUAAAGAGCGCGGUCAAAUCGUUUGCCUCGACGGCUGCUGCAGCUAAAGCAAACGCCAACUUGUCAAACAGUCACAAUAGCUACGCUAACGCUACGACGCACGGCUCGAACAACAAAGUUGGCCCGAAGAAGGACGCCGCUAAUUUAAAGAAAACCGCGGAGGAAAAGAUGUCAAUGGAGAAAUUACCAGCGCCUACAGUCGCCUACGGCAUGCCACGCGACAUCGUCGAGGAGAUGCCUCGUUUGCCUUCAUCUACGACAUCAAUCAUGUCCUUAACUAAGGAUGCGCCUGGUUCGAGAUUUACUGUUAGUAACAUCGGUAGACCUGUGCACCGCUCCGAGUAUCUGAAGCUUACGCUGGAAGAACUCAUCGCUGAGCCGGAUCAGUAUAAAACAGUACCGCAGGUAUGGUCUCUCGCGACGAAAGUCUUUGGCGUGACGAAGGACAUCACUUAUAAAGCCUUGACAGCACUAUGCGCGCUUCCUGUGGCGUUAUUGGCAGGACUUAUAUUCGCAAUCCUGUCUUGUCUUCAUAUUUGGCUGCUACAUCCAUGCCUCCGACAGUUUCGUAUCAACAUGUUUGCCAUACGUCAGAGUCUUCGGAUAAUUCUUGAUUCUGUUGUGGGACCCUGCAUCUCUGAACUAGGGCUUAUCUUCUCGCGUAUGAGUAUAGAGCACAAGAACUAUCAAGAAAUUCACAGAAUAUAGUAAUGACAGAACGAUUCUAUGCUAGCACCAAAUCUUGCUGGUUCGCCAAAUACUGGCGUUCCGAUCAGCGCACAAUGGGUUCAAAUGAAACGACCCAAAGAAUAAAUCCUCGUUAUCAGAAUGAUGCGUUAUGAUCUGCAACUGCUCAUCCGACGGAAGUUCUGAGCGACAUUUAAAGAAUGAAUCUUGUGCUCGACCAGGGAACACACUCACACAAUGUAUGUACCAUAUACACAACUACCGAAUGUAAUGAGGUAUAUUAAGUUUGGAAACGUGGAGAUAUAUUUACGAAAUGAGAAAAUACAUUUUAAAAAAUAAAUUGUGUUGAAAGGAAUUAACGAGACUAUAUAUUUGAAGGAGCUAGAUAGCGACAGGCUGCAGGCUACCCCAAUUGGUCUGUUUCGA